AAACUCGUCGUCUAUAUAAAGCGGUAACGUCGUCUAUAUAAAGCGGUAACGUCGUCUAUAUAAAGCGGUAACGUCGUCUAUAUAAAGCGGUAACGUUAUAUAAGCGGUAACUUUUCAAUUUUCCAAUCACUUCCGAGUCUCACCUGAAAAAUCUAAAAAUGUUCCAAAAAUCCACAAUUGUCAUGAUUUUUGCCCUUUUCUGUAUUUCAUCGUGUCAAGUUUUAUAUACUCCUGUUGUAUCAUCUCCAUAUUAUUAUGCUUCAUCUCCAGUUGCUUCUGCUUAUCCAUAUGCUUAUGCUUAUGGAGCUGCUGCUUAUCCAACUGCAUAUUAUGGAUGGGGAUCUAAUAAGGGACAACAAGCACCAUCUUCUGCUCCAACUCAGAAAUUGACAAAUAAUCAAUGAUCUCUCAUUUGAAAUAUAUGCACAAUAAGAACUAUUUGAAAUGUCAAAAUAAAUUAUCUGACUUUAUUUGUGAAGCCCUAAAAUUAUUCCACAGCAAUAAACACUUAAAAACAAAAAA